AUUAUCCUAACCUGCUGCGUAAACUCUCAUUAACCUGAUAUGAAAAGUCCAAUUUGACAAAAGCUUUAUCCCUUCUAGACAAAACCCUCAGUACCGCCUCCCCUCAGACCAACGUGACAGGAAUCAGAAUUGCGGAUGACCGUGCCACUGGGUCUUUGUUUUCAGUUAGCCUUAGAUAAACAAGCGGUGCUGCUGGUCCUACAGACAAUCUACGGAUGAGAUAGUAGAAUCGGCUGGGGAAGUCGGUUACAUUCAGAGCUAGAGUAAUGGCAACAGUUAAACCAGAUGACAGACUGACACGUUCUCAGGGCUUUAUGUGCGUUGGUUUUGCUGGAGUUUUCAGUAAAACUGUCACGUCGCCUCUGGAGUUGGUGAAAAUCAAGAGUCAAGUAGGCACAUUUCACUGUAAAAAAGGCUUUCUGCACAGCUUUCUUGUCGUCUACCAGAAUGAAGGCCUACGGGGAUUUUGGAAGGGAAACCUCGUCUCCUGUCUCCGCCUGUUUCCUUACAGCGCCGUCCAUUUGGCAACAUACAAACAUAUCGUCCACCUCCACAUGGAUGAAUUGGGCUACAUCUCUCAGUGGAGGGCAAUUUUGGCUGGUGGGCUAGCUGGUGUAAGUGCUGCACUGGCCACGUACCCUCUGGAGGUGGCAGAGACUCGCCUCAUAGCUCAGAACUGCAGAGAGCCCACAUACAGGGGGGUGGUCCACACGCUCUCCAAGAUAUACCAGACCGAAGGCCUUCGAACACUCUACAGUGGAUUCUCUCUCACAGUCCUAGGUGCGUUUCCCUUCUCCAUUGGUUGCUAUGCAGUCUACGUCAACUUGGAUAAGCUGUGGCGGGAGCCCCAAUUCCAGUUCACUCCACUACAGAACUUCAUAAAUGGCUGCUUAGCGGCAGGAAUAGCUCAAACCUUCUCCUACCCCUUUGAAACUGUGAAAAGGAAAAUGCAGGCCCAGAAUCCUCGGCUCCCGCAUUACGGUGGGGCCGAUGUCCACUUCACUGGAAUGCUGGACUGCUUCAGGCAGGUGAUCAGAAACAAGGGCAUCCUGACACUGUGGAGUGGCAUCACAGCCAACAUGAUCAAGAUUGUCCCUUACUUUGGCCUUCUCUUCAGCUGCUUUGAGAUGUGCAAGCAGGUCUGUCUGUACCGCAACGGGUACAUUGUGUCUCCAUUGAGCUAUAAGUUAGCACCAGGAGUGGACCAGAGCAUGGGCCCCACUGAGGUAGAAGAGGUGAAACGGUACUUGAAGAAUAGGAGUUUUCAGUCACAGCAAGGAAGUCGCUGGUAAAACUGGUGGAUCAAAAACGUCUGGAUUUCUGAAGGGGCUGAUGAUCAUUAGUACAGGAAUGUGUCUGAAUGAUGAUGGAAAAGAGUCAGGAAUAUUUGUUGGAAUGCUUCAAUGCUUUGAAGAUGACUAUUUGGUUGAUGUCAGGUCUUUUACAGCUUUGUUUGUGUAUUAGCAACCAUUUCAGAAUCAGAGGUAGAUCCAUUGAUAUUUGAAAGUUGCAAUGCAAUCAUAAGAAUUGCACUUCUAUACUUAACACAUGGGAAAAAUGUUUUACUGUUUGUUCAUCAAUUCCUCAUUCAGAGUUAAAGUAUUUUUUUUAUGAUAGUUUUUUUGACAGUUCUGUGUUAUUACUACAGUUUAUUCAUGCUUAUGGGCUGCAGGUAGCCUAGAGGCUAAGAGCUUUGGGACAGUAAGCGAAAGGUUGCUGGUUUGAAUCCCUGAGCUGCUGAUGUGCCAUUGAGCUUGGCACGUAACCCUAAUUGCUCCUGUAAGUCGCUCUUGAUAACAGCGUCUGCUAAAUUACCAUUUUUAAAUGUUACGGCGCUGACCUGGUUCUAACAAUGGUCUUGGCCUUACGUAAUGGCCAUGAAGAGGAACACAAAGCACAAACCUGUUUAUAAAAUGGAAUUAUCUUACAAUGCAAGUGAAUGCUUUUUUUCAUUAUAUUUGUAAUGUAGUAAUGACUAUUUUAACAGACUUGGGUAUAUCAUAUUUAUGUGCCUUAAGGUUUCCUUUAUUGAUUAUAGGGCUUAUUUUGAU